AUGUCUUGGAAUGUUAGAGGCUUGGGUAGGCUGGAAAAACGACGUAGAGUGAAGCAGAUGAUUAAAGAAAAAAGAGUAGAUGUUUUGCUCCUUCAAGAAACCAAGAGCAGAAAUAUUGAUGUUACUUUUGUUCGAUCUAUUUGGCCUUGGGAGAAGUUGGAAUUUAUGGCUGCAGAUUCGGAUGGGAGUGCUGGAGGGCUUUUGAGUAUUUGGAAUCCUGAAGUUUUCUCCUUAUCAGAGUGUUGCAGUAAUAGAAAUUUUUUGCUUCUAUCAGGUACUCUUUCUGGUUCAUUUGAGUGUGUGUUCUUAAAUAUUUAUGCGCCUAAUGAUGUGGUUCAAAGAGCUAAGUUGUGGGAUUCUAUCCUCAAUGUAAGAUCCUCUUUCCAAAAGCCUUGGUGCAUGGGUGGUGAUUAUAAUGAGAUUAGAGUUCCUAACGAAAGAAGAGGAUGUACCAGAAGUUCCAAAGGGAUGCAGGAUUUUAACAAUUUUGUAGAUCAUCUGGAAAUGUUGGAUCUACCUAUGUUGGGUAGGAAUUUUACAUGGUGUAAUUCUUUGGAAGGUGAAAGGUGGAGUAGAAUUGAUAGGUUUCUGUUGGAUCCCACCUGGGUAGAAAAUUUUAGUUUGAAGUUAUGGGGCUUACCUAGACUGGUGUCAGACCACUGUCCUCUGUUGCUUAUGGAAGAUGAGAAAAACUGGGGCCCUAAGCCGUUUAGGUUUCUGAAUACAUGGACCUUGAAUCCUAGCUUCUUGUCUGUUGUGCAAAAGUCCUGGGUGGAUUCGCAGGUUCAAGGGUGGGCUGGGUACAGAGCUAAGGCGAAAUUGUGUAGUCUCAAAGCUGAGUUGAAAAGGUGGAAUUCUGAAGUGUUUGGUUGUGUGGAGGACCAACUCAAAAAGGCUGAAAUUGAGUUACAUGAGCUUGAUCUGUUGGCAGAAAUGAGGUCAUUAGAACCUCAUGAAGUUGUAAGAAGAAGGGAGGUCAAAAACUUGGUGUGGUCAUAUAGUUAG